CCAGCCUCACAAUGAGGGGCUCUCUCCUCGUGUGGAUGCUCUGCUUUCAUUUCUGCCCAUAACAAGUACGUGGUUCUUUCCGUCUUUUUUUCAAUUUUUUCAUAAGAGGAGGGAUGCUUCUCCCUCAAGACAAGGGGAGCUCGCGCAAGUGCCCGCCAAAUGCAAGUGUGUCUGGGAAGAUGUAAAAAGCGGCAGUGCGCGUCCUCCUGGGGGGCUGCAAUAUGCAGAAGGGCAUGCGUCUCAACGAUGGUCAUGUCACCUAUCUGGCGCUGUUGGCCAGGAAGGACGGCACAAGACGCGGAUGCCUGAGCAAGAAGAGCUCGGACAACACCAAAUGGCACCCCAAGUGGUUCUGCCUACUGCAGAACAUGCUCUUCUAUUUCGAGAAUGACUCCAGCUCGCGCCCCUCCGGACUCUACCUGCUGGAGGGAUGCACAUGCGACAGGGCGCCCUCGCCCAAACCACCUCCCUCUGCCAAGGAAUGUCUAGAGAAACAGUACUACUUCACAGUCACGUUUAAUCAUGACAACCAAAAGGCUUUGGAGUUGCGCACAGAGGAUGUCAAGGAUUGUGAUGAAUGGGUUGCCGCCAUCAUACAAGCCAGUUACAGGAAUCUGGCCACAGAGCAUGAGACCCUCAUGCAGAAGUAUCUACACCUUCUACAAAUUGUUGAGACAGAGAAAACGGUUGCCAAGCAACUUCGACAACAGAUAGAGGACGGGGAAAUAGAGAUCGAGAGGCUAAAAUCUGAGAUUGCUUCACUGCUAAAGGACAAUGAGAAGAUCCAGUCUAAUCCAGAGGUAUCUCCAAGUGACGACGACACUGAGAUCCAGAAGAUAAAAAAGGUCCAGAGUUUCCUGCGAGGUUGGAUUUGCCGCAGGAAGUGGAAAACCAUCAUCCAGGACUACAUCCGUUCACCCCACGCAGAGAGCAUGAGGAAGAGGAACCAGGUGGUAUUUAGCAUGCUAGAGGCUGAGGCCGAGUAUGUCCAACAACUGCAUAUCCUGGUCAACAACUUCCUGCGCCCGCUACGCAUGGCAGCGAGCUCCAAGAAGCCGCCAAUCACUCAUGAUGACGUCAGCAGCAUCUUCCUCAACAGUGAGACCAUCAUGUUCCUCCACCAGAUCUUCUAUCAGGGCCUGAAGGCCAGGAUAGCUAGCUGGCCCACACUGGUGCUCGCGGACCUCUUUGACAUCUUGCUGCCCAUGUUAAACAUCUACCAAGAGUUUGUACGGAACCACCAGUACAGCCUGCAGAUCUUGGCCCACUGCAAACAGAACCGCGACUUUGACAAGCUGCUGAAGCAGUACGAAUCCAAGCCUGACUGUGAGGAAAGGACGCUGGAGACCUUCCUAACGUAUCCCAUGUUUCAGAUCCCUCGUUAUAUCCUAACUCUUCAUGAAUUACUGGCUCACACUCCUCAUGAGCAUGUGGAGAGAAAUAGCUUGGACUAUGCCAAAUCCAAACUUGAGGAGCUUUCGAGAAUUAUGCAUGAUGAGGUGAGCGAGACGGAGAACAUUAGAAAAAAUCUGGCUAUCGAACGAAUGAUUGUUGAAGGCUGUGAGGUACUGCUGGACACCAGCCAGACCUUUGUCAGACAAGGUUCUCUGAUUCAAGUGCCCAUGAGUGAGAAGGGUAAAAUCACCAGAGGCCGUCUUGGUUCGUUGUCCCUGAAGAAGGAAGGCGAGAGACAGUGCUUCCUCUUUUCCAAACAUCUCAUCAUUUGCACUCGAGGCUCAGGGGGGAAACUGCACGUCACCAAGAAUGGUGUGGUAUCCCUCAUUGACUGCACACUAAUGGAAGAUCCAGAGGGCACCGAUGAUGAGCCCAAAGGGGAACGCUGUGGCCAGGACACCGAGCACCUGGAUUUCAAAGUGAUAGUUGAGCCUAAAGAUAGCCAGCCUUACACUGUCAUCCUCGUGGCUUCAUCACGUCAAGAGAAGUCUGCAUGGACGAGCGAUAUCAGCCAAUGCAUUGACAACAUCCGCUGCAAUGGUCUGAUGAUGAACGCGUUCGAGGAAAACAGUAAAGUCUCCGUGCCCCAGAUGAUUAAGUCCGACACCAGCUUGUACUGCGACGAUGUCGACAUUCGCUUCAGCAAGAUGAUGAACUCCUGCAAGGUGCUGCAGAUCCGCUACGCUAGCGUGGAGCGUUUGCUGGAGAGGCUGACUGACCUACGCUUCCUCUCUAUCGAUUUCCUCAACACCUUCCUGCACUCCUACCGUGUUUUUACUAGUGCAGCUGUUGUGCUGGACAAACUUAUUACCAUCUAUAAGAAGCCCAUCAGCGCCAUUCCUGCACGUGCCCUCGAGCUCUUCUUUGCCAGCAGCCAGAACAACAAACUUCUUUACGGCGAGCCGCCCACGUCGCCACGCGCCAGCCGCAAAUUCUCGUCGCCUCCGCCGCUCGCCAUCAGCAAGACGUCGUCACCCAACCGUCGCCGCAAGCUCUCACUCAACAUUCCCAUCAUCACAGGGGGCAAAGCUCUGGACCUGGCCGCGCUCAGCUGCUCCCCUAAUGGUUAUGCGAGCAUGCACACUGCCAUGUCCCCCUUUGGGAAGACCACCCUGGACAUCAACAAGCUGUUUGUGUCCAGCACCAUGGCUAGCAAGAUUCCAGAUGAGGGAGAAACCAAAGUUGAAAGCAAGGCUGAUGAGCCUAUGCUUAACAAGCAAGAGCUGUCAGUCAGAGAGGAAUGUGACGAAGAACCAUGUCAGAGUGACGAGACUGAAGCGGAGAUGUCUCCUCCCAAGUCACCGUCGACACCCAAGAACGUCAAGUCAAAAAAUUGUGAGUUUACGUUGUUCUCCUUCAACAACAGCAUGGUGGUGUCAUCUUGCCGGGAGCUGGAUAAUAACCGCAGUGCCCUCUCGGCGGCCUCGGCCUUCGCCAUCGCCACUGCCGGUGCCAACGAAGGCACGCCGACAAAAGAGAAAUACCGCCGCAUGUCCCUUGCUGCCACAGGUUUCCCUACAGACCAGAGGAAUGGUGACAAAGAGUUUGUUAUAAGAAGAGCAGCCACAAACAGAGUCCUGAAUGUGCUGCGUCACUGGGUUUCCAAACACUCUCAGGACUUUGAGCUAAACUUAGAGCUGAAGAUGAGAGUAAUUGCCUUUCUUGAGGAGGUGAUGCAUGAUCCAGAGCUCCUGACACAGGAAAGAAAGGCUGCUGCUAAUAUUAUUAGGACUUUAGCACAGGAGGACUCUGGAGACAACCAGGUCACAUUGGAGGAAAUCAUUCACACAGCGAUGGAGGAGUGCAGAAACGAGCCGUUUGAGAGCCACUCUGCCCUGGAGAUUGCUGAGCAGCUCACUUUGCUCGAUCACCUGGUCUUCAAGGUCAUCCCAUAUGAGGAGUUCUUCGGUCAAGGCUGGAUGAAGAACGACAAGAAUGAGAGAACUCCAUACAUCAUGAAGACGACUAAGCACUUCAAUGACAUUAGCGACAGGAUCGCCACGGAAAUCUUACAGUGGGACGACGUCAACAUGCGGGUGGCGGCCAUCGAGAAGUGGGUGGCGGCGGCGGACAUUUGCCGCUGCCUACACAACUACAACGCUGUGCUGGAAAUCACAUCUUCGCUCAACCGCAGCGCCAUUUUCCGCCUCAAGAGGACCUGGCUUAAGGUCUCCAAGCAGACUAAAACAGUGAUUGACAAGUUACAGAAGUUGGUGUCAUCAGAAGGCCGCUUCAAAAACCUGAGGGAAGCACUCAAGAACUGUGACCCGCCUUGUGUUCCCUACCUGGGCAUGUACCUGACCGACCUGGCAUUUAUCGAGGAAGGAACACCUAACUACACGGAGGACAACUUAGUCAACUUUUCAAAGAUGAGAAUGAUUUCUCACAUCAUCAGAGAAAUUCGGCAGUUCCAGCAGACAGCUUAUAAAAUUGAUUAUCAACCGAAGGUGGCAAGAUACUUGUUGGACAGCAGCUCCGUGCUGGAUGAAGAGCGUCUCUACGAAGCAUCUUUGAGAAUCGAACCCAAAACGUCAUCGUGAAGAAGCUCAUUGGACAUUCAUAUGAAGUGUACAGGAUCAUUCUAUUCUAUUAUAAUGUACAUACGCUAUUAUUUGUAGUAGACAACAUAGGCAGUGCCCUUCUAUGUUUUCCACAAUGUCAAAUAUAAAGGCUACAGUAAGUAUGUAGAAGCCUGUAGAGGUUUUAUUCAUAUCGUUGACAGUAUAACGUUAUCAUGGUAUUAAAUGCAGUACACUUUGUUUUUUAUUUCAACACAAGAAAACAUUUUGCUGUUAAAAUUUACAAUUCUUGAGUAGAAUUUACACUGUGGGCCCAAGCAGAAUACAGGAUUCCAAUUUAAUGCUUACAGUAUAUGUAAUUUUUUUUUUCGUAGAUAAUCGAUUCCACGUAUUUGUGCCAAUCGAGCAAAAAAUCGGAAUUGUGCCACUUGGACCACGCAGUGUAAAUUGUAAAAAAGAUUUGGUCAGCAGCCUUCAUGUCCCCGAAUGAACGUUUUGCCUUAAAAGCACUGCUGCCUUUUCCCGAGGUGUCCUAAAAUGACCAUCACAUAAAUCAAUGAUUAAUACCAAUACAGUACUAAGAAUUGCACGAGCCUAUAUUACAUUUAUAAGUGAAAUGACUUUAAGAAGACUAAAAGCUGAAAAACUGAGUUACCGUAUUUCCUCAGAUAGUGGCACCUGCUUUCAUAAUCAACUCUUCAGUGAAAAGUCCACUUAAAAAUAUGACUACAACACCUCAAAUCAAUUGCCCUUCCAAAAUAAAUUGGAUGCCCUUAGGCUUUUUUGACGGCACUAUAUGUGACAUUAUACAUCUUUACCACAAAACACACAAACCGACAUAACAUCUUUAAAGCUGAUGUUAACAGUGGCCUACUGUACAUGAACGUCUACACCAGGGGUGUCAAACUCAUUUUUGUCGCGGGCCACAUAUUAGUUGGUUUCCCUUGGAGGGCACACUAGGGCUGCCAUGAUUACUUAAUCUAUAGACAUCAAAUUGAUUAGCAAAUAAACUAUUUUGAUAGUUGAUUAAUCAUUUCGGGACAAUGUUGACCUAAAAAUGUUCAAAAUCCCUUUUCGAGGCCUUUGAAAUUGUAAACAUUCUCUCAUUAAAAAAUAAAUAAAUAAAUAAAUAAUUAAAAAAUAUAUAUAUAUAUAUAUAUUUAUAUACACACACACACACACACACAUAUAUAUACAGUGCCUUGCAAAAGUAUUCGGCCCCCUUGAAUCUUGCAACCUUUCGCCACAUUUCAGGCUUCAAACAUAAAGAUAUGAAAUUUAAUUUUUUUGUCAAGAA